AUGGUUUGUGUUUGCAGUCACUUCAGAACAGCACAAAUUUCUACACACAGUUAUGAUGAAAGUGUUUCAUGCUUCCUUAGUGAAAUACUGAAAACUACAUAGGACCAUUUAAUUCUGAACAGGCAGUGAAAAUAUGGAGAUACCAGCCAUAAAUCUGAAGGCCAUUUUGUUGGUUCACUGGAUACUGACAGUUUGGGCAUGCUUACUUUCCUGGCUCCCAGCUUCUUAUGUGUUGGGGAACUUCAGUGUUCUUGCAGUGGGAGUGUGGGCCAUAGCACAGAGAGACUCCAUAGAUGCUGUUUUAUUGUUCUUGAUCGGACUGGCAGUGACAAUCUUGACUGAUAUUGUUCAUUUUGGGAUCUACUAUGCAGCAGCUGAACUCCUAUACGAGAGAUCCACACGGGACCUGUUCCGCUUUAGUGGAGGCAUGGCCAUCCUGAGCCUCUUGCUCAAACCUGUCUCCUGCUUCUUUGUCUACCAAAUGUACCGUGAGCGAGGGGGUGAAUACAAUGUCAAUUUUGGUUUCCCAUCAAUAUCUCGAAACAGAGAUGCCUACCAGUCUAUUGACCACAACGAUCAAUCUGGAAGCUCUGCCAACCCCUUUGGCCAAGCGGAAGAUGGCAAAUCUGGCACUCGUUCCUACUAAACAUUUAUUAAAAAAUAUAUAUAG